CUGGAGUAACUUAAAUUACACGAUUCUCUCUUCAUCUCUCUUUCUCUAGGACAGAAUAACUGAGAGUCAUUCGUAUGGAAUGAAACGUGGAGUUUUAAGACGUUCCUUCUAUUUCUAGAGUGAGUCGAAGUUCAUGAGACCAGAAGCUUCAACCCUGGGGCUAUAUGAUAGUAGAGACUUCUAUCUUUCGCAAAGAGGAUGGUGACUGAUGAGAGGCCCUCCACUUCUCAAGGCCGCGAAUCCAGCAGCACAGGGCAAAAACGGAGAAAGUUAAAUGACGAGGAAAAUGAUGAUGGUAGCAACGGUGAGACGAUCCCGAAAAAGAAAAGCAAGGGAGAGAAAAAUGACGUCAACCGUGGAGCCUCGACGAGUAAGGAAGAGAAGAAGAACGUGGAAGAAAGACGGAAAUGGUGGAAAGAAGGUAAAAGUGAUAAUCGCGCCCGAUGGACAUUCCUGGAACACAACGGUCCAGUUUUUGCUCCUGAGUACGAGCCAUUGCCAAAAGACGUGACGUUUUAUUAUGACGAGAACCCGAUGAUGCUGUCUCCUCGGGCGGAGGAGGUAGCCACAUUAUAUGCAAAAAUGUUGAAUCAUCAAUCUUCAGUGAAAAGCGUCUUUAAAAGGAAUUUUAGGACAGACUGGAGGAAAGUCAUGACCGAGAAAGAACGCAAAAUCAUUAAGGAGCUUGAAAUGUGUAAUUUCCAGGAGAUUAGUGCUCAUUUCAUGAAGGUCGAAGAGAAGAAGAAGAACAUGUCAGAGGAUGAAAAAGUGGAAUUGCAGAAUGAAAAGAAGGCCAUCGAGGAGAAGUAUGGAUUCUGCAUCGUCGACGGCCGCCGCCAGCGCAUAAAAAACUACAAGGUUGAACCACCCGGUCUGUUUCGUGGUCGAGGGAGAAAGGUGAUGGGGAAAUUUAAGGCUCGUAUCAUGCCAGAAGACGUCACAAUUAAUUGCAGCAAAGAUUCCAAAAUCCCAACGGCACCAUCAGGUCACAAAUGGGGAAGCGUGUGCCACGAUCCGAAUGAGACCUGGCUAGCCCGCUGGAAAGACCCAAUCAGGGGAGGGAACUGUUAUAAGUAUGUCACACUGAGCCAUUCAUCUGAUCUGAAGGGUCAAAUGGAUUUGCGGAAGUAUGAAACUGCUCGAAGGCUCCACAGCAAGAUUGACGAAAUUCGAAACAAGUACUGGGAACACAUUCAGGGUGAGGGCAUGCUGACCAAGCAGAGGGGUGUCGCGAUGUACCUCAUCGACAAACUAGCUCUGCGAGUCGGAAACGAAAAGGAAAAGGGGGAAACGGCAGAUACUGUGGGUUGCUGCACGCUGCGUUUUCAACAUAUCAAACUCAGGGAAGAGCGAGACGGUAUGAAGUAUAUUACGUUCAACUUCCUCGGGAAAGAUUCGGUUCCGUAUCGGAAUAAGGUCAGUGUUAAGGAUGGAGUUUUCAAAGCCUUUCAGCUAAUCAUGGAAAACAAGCGAAAGGGAGACAAAUUAUUCCAUCUGCUGGAUGCGGCUGAGCUCAACCGCUACUUGCAGAGGAAAAUGAAAGGGCUAACUGCAAAGGUAUUCCGAACGUAUAACGCAUCCAUGACCCUGCAGAAAAAGCUUGAUGAAUUAACCGUUUCUGCUGGAACUGACGAAGAAAAAAUCUUAGCUUACUAUCAGGCAAACAAAGGUGCAGCACUCCUUUGCAACCAUCAACGUUCCACCUCGAAAAACGAUGACAAUGCAAUGAAGAGCCUCAAAAGCAAGAUACAAAAAAAAGCGAAAGCAAUAAAAGAUGCUGAAAAGACACUCAAGAGAGCAGAAAAGGCCUACGAGGUAUCGAAAACUCCGGAGAAAAAGACAAUCGUGAAAGAGAAGAAAAAGAUCCUUGAAAAGCUGAGAGAGGAAAAACGCGAACUCCUAAGGGAGGAAACUCUCAUGAAAAAAGGAAAGGAAAUAGCCCUGAAUGUAUCCAAAAUCUACUACUUGGAUCCGAGAAUCACCGUUGCCUGGUGUAAGAAGCAUCGAAUCCCCAUUGAGAAGAUUUUCACCCCAGCUGAAAUUGAGAUUUUUGAUUGGGCUAUCGACAUGGCCACGCAAGAUUUCCGUUUUGAUGGUCUCAUCAACAGUGUAUGAACUCGUCAUCGAUGACGACACGGAUGAUGACGUGUUAUUCUGUGAGUUCUGCAAAUUUGCAUCAAUGAUGAAUACAUGGAUAACGAAUUGAAGCAGCAGCAAUUGUUUUGCCAUAAAAGUUUCAUUGUUUUUAUUGUUGUUUCCGUUCUGAAGCGUCAGUAAAUAGGUAUUUGUUGAACGUAUGGGAAAACAUGAGAAAAAAUUUAGAUGCUCCAUUGCUGUUUCCGUUCUUUGACAUUUGUAAAUAAGAAUGAAGACCCGGAGAAAAGAGAGAAAGUAUCUGUUUGCAAUUUAUGGAUGAUUGGUCGCGGUCUCUGUUCUGUAAACUUUGUAAGUAGGUAUAAAAUGAAGACACGGAAAAAUGUGUGGAAAAUCAUUAGUUCGCCUUUUGUAGAUAUGUCAUUGAUGCUUCUGUUCUUUGUCCC